AUGUAUCGUUUACUCCUACUCUUGUCUGCAGCUAUCUUAAAUACUGCUGGUUGUCGUGGAAACAUCAUGUGUCAUUGUGAUUAUAAGAACAUGUUAUUAGUAGACUGUGGUGGUAACAGUCUAACAUCAGUGCCAGACGAUGUUCCAAAUAAAGAAUCCUUAACUUCAUUAUGGCUCGAUAAAAACAAUUUCAGAUGUGUACAACAAGAUAUGUUUAAAGGUUUCCAAAAAUUGCGAAAUCUCUGGCUGGAUUCGAGUAAUGUCCACGAACUAGAAGUAAGAGCGUUCUGGGAAAUCAAAGGGCUUCAUCAGUUGUAUUUGAGAGACAAUAAUAUUUUGAAUAUUGACGAAGACAACUUCAGUGGACUUGAACAACUGACUUCGUUAGAUCUGAGGAACAACCCAGUUCAAUCGAUACAGAACAGUGCAUUUAAGGAUCUUGUAAAUUUAAAUGCUUUAAAUUUCAGUGACUGUAAUCUCACCACAUUGCAUUCUGGGAUUUUACGAGGGCUUACAAAAUUGGAAGUACUGAAAUUUGAACGUUGUAAUAUUUCAGCCAUCAUGAACGAGACAUUUGAUGCACUCAUUAACUUGAAAAUUCUUUCUCUGCAUGGAAAUCAGCUGCGAAACAUUGAUGGAAAAUUGUUUCAUUCGCUCACAAUACAGACACUUGAUGUAAGUUGCAAUCUGUUACGCGGUGCAAUAGGGAACUUGUGCAAUAAUGUACAGUCUGUGGAACGCCUCAACUACGAAAAGAAUCUAUUUACAACGAUCAAAUUUGAUGAGUCAUACAGCAAGUGUCGUAACCUCACAUAUCUAAACAUAGCAAAUGUUGCCAAUAGCAUCUCUGUAAUGGGAAACACCUUCCAAGGUCUUAAAACCAUUAAUAUAACAGAACUUGAUUUCCAUGGCAACAAGAUGAAAGAUUUAGAUCCUGAUGCACUCACCAGUUUUGAAAAUCCGAUCUUAUUGAAUUUGGGUUCUACAAAUAUUCGAACUGAUUUUACACGCACGUUUGAAACCCUACUGACAAAGAACAAACUAAAAACGCAUUCUUUAUUACUUAACGACAUCUCUCAUCUUUCAAACAUUCUACUACAAUCUCACCACAACAUUGUACAGAAUGUAUGGCUUAGAGAUUUAGACCUGAGUGACAAUCAAAUCCCAAGACUUGUAGAAAGAAUGUUCCAAUGGUGUCCUUUGAUUAAGAAGUUAAACUUGAUGUCAAACAGUAUUACAAAUGUAGCUGUAAAUACGUUUCUUGGUCUAGAGUACCUUACAGAGCUGGACCUCAGCGACAACUACAUUUGGAAUAUAAAAGCAGAUACCUUCAAGAACAGCCAGCUCAUUGAACUGAACUUGUCAAAUAACAUACUGGUGUUUGUAGGAUUUGAAGGUCUAAAAAAGCUAAAAAAGCUCAAGCUAUCAGAUCAAGGCAAAGUACGAAUCGUAAAAGAACAAUUCAUUAAGUUGGAAAGUCUGGAAGAGUUGGACAUCAGUUAUAAUUUCUGGGGGAGCUCUUUCCAACUUCCACUUUGUAAUCUGACAUCACUAAAAAAACUGAACAUUUCGAUGACUACUAUUGAAAAUGACAUGCGUAAUUUCUCGAUAGAUGAUAUGUCAGAGACAUGUUCAACGUUCGUCAGUGAGCUGACGCACUUAGAUUUCAGUAUGUCUUACGUUGAUAACAUGCACCAAAUAGAGAGAUACUUCUACAAAAAUAGAAAGGCGUUGAUAAAUUUGAAAACGCUUAAUAUAUCUUCGCUAUUACAUGCAGAAAGCUACAAAUACUUUCCCUGGAAUAUAUUUACAGAACUAAUAAAUCUAAAAGAGUUACAACUGCAAAAUAACCACAUAGGUAACCACUUACUUCCCAGAAGUGAUCCUUUUAGUAAGCUGACAAAUUUACAAACUCUCGAUGCAAGCGGCAACCGCAUAACAAACAUCGCAGCCUGGAAAGGACUACUUAACAUACAGAAAUUGGGUUUGCACGACAACUGGUUCGACGUUGUUGAAACUGAAACGUUUAGUGAUAUGAAAAAUCUGGAAUCACUCUACCUGCAUGGUAGUCAGUUUGAUUGCGGUUGCACGAUAGACAGGUUUCAUAGGUUUCUGAAAAAACACACAACAAUUUGGACAUCCGAGGCAGCUGCGUAUGACGGCCGGCCAUUCUGGUUCCAGAAUUACAACUGCAGUGAACCAAAAAUGACCUAUGUCAUUGAUGCCUAUUCCUCUCCAUGGAAAUGUGACAAAAUACUAAUUGUGUUGGUGACGUUCGCCAUAAUCACAGCAUGCAUGGGGCUCAGCUUCCUUUUGUAUAAAUUUUGCAGAUACGAGAUACGAUACAUUUGGUUUGUAGUCCGCUUAAAACUGAACUGCGUUCGACAUGCGGAACAUACAAAUCUUAUUAAUUUAGAUGAAUAUGACUAUGACGUCCAUAUUUCGUAUAACAUUACUGACGAAAACUGGGUCAUCGACCAUCUGUUACCAUUUCUUGAAAAUCAUCUUCAGAUCAGAGUCCAUAUAAACGACAGAGACAUGCGAGGUGGGGUGAACAGACUUUCGUACGCAAGUAAUUUGAUAUUGAAGCGCACCAGAAAAAUAAUGUUUGUUUUAUCAGAUAAUUUUGUGCAAGACAAAUACUGUAUGUUAGAAUUACAAUUAGCAUUUGAGAAAUUAUUCAAUGACCACGAAAAUAUUAUGGUUUUUGCAAACCUUGAGCGCAUAAAUAAAAACUUGCAGCCGUUAAUGCUGCGUUUGCCAAUAUGUAAGAAAAGACAAAACAAAUGGUAUCGGUAUAAUGAAAUAACUCGGGAUGCAUUCUGGAAUGAUCUUAAAGAGAGUAUUGCAGAAAACGGGAGUGUAAACCACACUGUACAGUUACUAUAG